AUGAGUGUGAAAAGACGUUUUAAUAGCAUUUCUCCAUUAUAUUUAACGUGUCCGACGAGAAUCUAUUUCAGUCGAGUUGGGUUUCUCUCGUCUUCAUAUAAUGAAAUACACGUUGUUGUCAAAAAGAUCUUUUCUUUACCUUCGUUAGCGCAAAAGUCAUGUAAGAUGAAAUUGUUAAGUGGAUCGCCGUUAACUGACAAGACGCAACCAAUCAUCGUGUCAUUGGACUGGACUGAGCGUUUGGAUAAACGACCGACAGAUCGUACAAGUGAUGACCUUGAUGUUAUAUUUUCACGGCUGAAAGAUGUGAAAGCGCUGGAAAAGUUUCAUCCGUUACUUAUUCAACAGCUUUGUUACUAUAGUUACUUUGAAAACUUAGAAAAAGGAGUUACACUUUUCCGAACAGGUGAUCUGGGUGCUAAUUGGUUUGCUAUUCUCAGUGGUAAUGUUGACGUCUGUGUUCCCUCUGAAAACGGCAAAGGUCAUACAUUGAUUUGUACACUCGGAGCUGGCACAGCAUUUGGAGAAUCAAUUCUUUACGAUACACCUCGAAAUGCAACGAUUAUUACGUCUUCAUCUGUUAUGCUUUUACGCGUGGAACAGAAAGAUUUUAAGAUUCUAUGGGAGCGAAACAAACAGUAUCUACAUGGAGUCAUUACGAGCCUUAGUCAAUUAACAAAUACAAUAGAUCCUAAGCGACGUGCAUCGGAAUUCGAUCCAUCGUUGAUUCCUCAAGUGGCUAGUUCUAAGUUUUUCAAAGAUGAUCCAACUCGCAAUCCUGCGUUACCGAUCGUUCCCAACACAUCCGUUCGAAUUCAACAUGCAGCCUAUGUUUUACGCACAUGUAUUCUCGGCAAAGCACCACAGAUGAUUCGUGAUCGGAAAUAUCAUCUGAAAAUGCAUCGAAGUUGUUUAGUUGGCUCAGAAAUGGUCGACUGGUUAAUUCAUCAAAGUCCAAUCGUUCAUUCUCGAAGUCAAGCAGUAGGCAUGUGGCAAGCUCUACUAGAAGAAGGAGCAAUUGCACAUGUGUCACAAGAACAUUACUUCAAAGAUAAGUAUUUGUUCUAUCGCUUUUCUGGAGAUGAAGAUGGAACGUUGAUUCGACCGGGUAAUGUUGAACAGAACGAAUGUGGAGAACAACUGGCUGAUGUAAUUUUAACUUUGGCACAAGUCGGACCUGAUGCCAUGCUUCGAAUGAUCUUACGCAAACCACCACACGAACGAACGAUAGAUGAUCUUGAAAUUAUCUACGAUGAACUAUUGCAUGUGAAAGCAUUGUCUCAUCUUUCAUCAUUGGUCAAACGUGAGUUGGCUGGGGUAUUGAUUUUCGAAGCACAUCCAUUCAAAGGAGAAGUUUUAUUUACCCAAGGCGAAGAAGGCAAAUCAUGGUAUGUCAUACUGAAAGGGUCCGUUCAAUGUGUUGUAUACGGUAAAGGUGUUGUGGGAACAUUCCAUGAAGGUGAUGACUUCGGGAAACUGAGUUUAGUCAACAAUUCACCAGGAACAUCGACGAUUAUUUUAAAUGAAGAUAAUACUCAUUUCCUUCGUGUGGAUAAAGAUGAUUUCAAUCGAAUACUUCGCGAUGUCGAAGCGAAUACGAUUAAAUUGAAAGAGUUCGGUAAAGAUGUUCUCAUCCUCGAUAAAGUUCCAAUCAACGCCAAAACAGCUGAUGGAACGUAUCAAGUUUGUUAUAAAUACUUUGUUAUGUCUGGUACUGCUGAGAAAAUUCUUGAACAUUUCCUUGAAACGUAUAUUUGUGUGAAUUACGAAGAAGGUGACACUAGUCUCGACGAUUUUCUCUCCACUUACGUUAUUUUUAUGCCAAUUAAUCAAAUUUGUACGCGAUUACUAGCGAUAUACAAAGCUAAGCCCCAACAGCGACUAGGCGAAUCAGCUGAUUUAGUUUUACAGCAGAAAGUGAAGGUUAUACGCUUUAUUUUGGAAUGGUAUGACGCGUCAAGAGAAACGUUUUUCGAAGACUCUAAGAUCAAUGUGUUUCUCGAUGAAUUACAUCAAUUAAUACGAGUCGAUAUGAAGAUAUUUGUUCAAUUGAAAGAAGAAAUCAAGUUAAUCGAAGCGAUUAUUGAAAAUAACGAUACAGAUCACAAAGAUAUUCGAAAAAGUAAAUUACCAUGGAAACAACGGAAUAGUAUCGAUAAAUCCAAAAUGAUUCGUCCGUCGGAUGAAGUGAUUUUCAAAGUUUAUUGUGCAGAUCAUACGUAUACGACAAUGAAAAUGAGAGUUGAUACACCCGCAUCGAGAAUCAUUCGAGUCGCAGCCGAUAAAUUAGGUCUACGUUCUGAUCAACCCGAUGACCUGAAGUUAUGUGAAGUCAAAUCGACCGGAGAAAGGAUUAUUUACAAAGAGAGUGACGUCAGUAUUUCAUGUGGAUUAUCAUUAAAUGGUCGAUUAUUUCUUGCUCCUGGUGAUCAUCUUGAUGCUUUGGUGCCCUUGCCCGAACAAGAAGGCUUAACACGUGGUACAUGGCAGAAAUUAGAAAUGUUCGGCUCAAAAGAACUUGCCUAUGCUAUAACAAUGUACGAUUAUGAGCUAUUUAUGGCGAUUAAUCAACACGAACUUCUAUAUCAAGUCUUCGGCCGGUAUAAGUACGGCAAAAUAACCGCCAAUUUAGAUGUUUUCAUGCGACGUUUUAAUGAAAUUCAAUUUUGGAUCGUGACGGAAAUAUGUUUAACACCGAGUCCUGGUAAACGUGUACAACUUCUGAGAAAAUUCAUCAAACUUGCAUCAUAUUGUAAAGAAUUUCGAAAUUUGAAUGCGUUCUUUGCCAUUGUGAUGGGUUUGAGCAAUAUCGCUGUCAGUCGAUUAUCGAUAACUUGGGAAAGAUUGCCAAGUAAAAUCAAACGAAUGUUCUCGGAAUUCGAAACCCUCAUGGAUCCGUCACGAAAUCACCGAGUUUACCGCUCAACAUUGACCAAAAUGACUCCACCCAUCAUCCUAUUCAUGCCACUUUUGCUCAAAGAUUUAACAUUCAUUCACGAAGGAAACAAAACCUAUCUGAUCGAAGGUUUAGUCAAUUUCGAGAAAAUGCGAAUGUUGUCUCAUACAUUGCGAACCAAGAAAAUCUGUCGUAGUCAAGUCUUGCAACUUCAAGUUCCUCAAGGUGCAAAAAACAUGUCCGAGAUUCAAGAAUAUGUUCGAGAACUACAUGUCAUUGAUAAUCAACGUAUUCUCAAUCAAUUAUCGAAUAAAUUAGAACCACGACAAACCUGA